GCGCUAUAGUGCGCGUGACCCUUCACCCACUUCCAGCACAGCGAGUUCUCACACUUCUCAGCACUAUAUAAGGCUGAUAACCGCGGCGACAUUACCCACGUCUUCACGCAGCAACUACUCACGGAUCAGUAUGUUGUCCUAUCUUGCUCGCUGGGUGUCCAGAGGUGCUGUCCAGGCGCUGAAAGGGACAAGCAGUCGGCCUCAACUGGUCAAGACACCUCGUAUCGGCAAUCAGACACUGGCAGCGGCUCCUCUGCCCUUCGCUGGGGGCAGUCCAGGAGUGAGACAGGCCCGGGCACUGGAUCAGGAGAGACUACUGCAGAUCGACUGGGAUGAUGGGAGCUGUAGUUUGUAUCCGUUCACCUGGUUGAGGGAUAACUGCCAGUGUCCACUCUGUACGCUGCAAUCGGCUCAAGCACGCAGCCUGCUAUUCUCACAUCUGGACGUGCACACCGGGAUGGACCACGUACAGUUGAUGGACAAUAAGGUAUCCAUAACUUGGCCUGAUCAGCACAGCAGUGAGUUUGAUCCUGACUGGCUGAAGAAACGCUGCUUUUCCUCUGAGGCCAGACAGGCUCUGCAGGAGGAGCUCUUCCUUAAUGAGCGUGAUUAUUGGGACUCUGGUCUUCAAAUCCCCACAGCAGAUUUUGAGGAGAUUCUACAUGACGACAAGGCUGCGUUGGCCUGGUUAGAAGCUCUGAGACGCAUUGGCAUAGUCUACCUGAGGGGGGCACCAGCGGAACAGGGCCAGUUGGCCAAACUCAGCCAGAGAAUUGGCUACCUGCGCCUCACCUUUUACGGACACACGUGGCAAGUGCAGGACAAGCCCAUGGCUAACAAUGUUGCCUACACUUCUGGAGAACUGAGUCUGCACACAGAUUACCCUGCUCUCCAUCAUCCACCUGGGGUGCAGUUCCUACAUUGUGUCCGUCAGGCUGAUGAGGGUGGUGAGAGUGAGGUGGUUGAUGGGUUUCACAUGGCAGAGCAGCUCCGCAGGGUAGAUCCAGAGGCGUUUAACAUCCUCUCCUCUCUCAGGGUGGACUUCACAGACAGCGGUGCUGACUACUGUGACUUCAGUGUCCAGUCCAAAAACCACAUUAUAGAUGUGGACUCAUCCGGUCGGGUUGUGAGGAUCAACUAUAAUAACGCCACUCGAGACUCAGUGCUGGAUCUGCCUCUGCAUCAGGUUCAGCCCUUCUACUCAUCUCUGAAGGCCUUCGUGAAGCUGCUUAACAGGCCGGAGAAUGUCUUCACUUACAGAAUGGAGCCAGGUGAUGUGGUGACCUUCGAUAACUGGCGUCUGCUGCACGGCCGAAAGAGCUACCAGUCUCGAGGGCAGAACUUAAGACAUCUAGAAGGAGCGUAUCUGGACUGGGAUGAGGUCAUGUCCCGUCUCAGGAUCCUCCGGAAGAUGGUCCGCGGAGACAGCUAGACUUUUCUCCUCCUCAUUCUCCACACUACAAUCACAGAUGAUGUUUGACGCGUCCUCUGCUUUUUAUUUAACGUCACAGUAACUUUAAAUACAGCAUAGUAGAAACCGCUUUAGAUCUUCUGGCAAGUAGAUACUCAUUCUUCAUUAGGUAAUGUCUAAUAUUAUUGCAGUCAUUUUCUGAGGACCUGCAAGUCUUCAGUACUUAUAAGCACUUAUUUAGAGGGCGCAGACAUUUGCUUUGCCUUAUUACUAUUUUUUUAUAUAAGGGACAGUUUGCCAGCAGAAUUUGGUUAGUCUUAAUAUAAAAUAUAAUACAACUAUCACAUUUUGUCUGGAACUAAAUGUUUUGCUUAUGUGUGCACAAUUGCCCAAAAUACGCUAUGAGUUAGAACUACUACAAUGAGUUUACUUUGAACCACUGAUGUAGUUCAUUAUGUAAAGUUUGAGAUGUUCAUUUUUACGGUCAGUAUUUUUCCCAUUUUUAAGACUAUUAUGCCAUUACGAUUAAUAAUGUAGAACAGGGAUGCCCAAACUCGGUCUGGGAGGGCCGGUGUGCUGCAGAUUGUAACUCCAACUUGCCUCAACAAACCUGCACGGAUGUUUCAAGAAAGCCUAGUAAGAGCUUGAUUAGCUAGCACAGGUGUGUCUGAUUAGAGUUUGACCUAAACUUUGCAGGAGACCAGCCUUCCAGGACAGAGUUUUGGCACCCCUGAUGUAGAAAGUACUUCUGUUUUGAUAUGGAGACUGAAUUGUUCAUUUAAUUACUGUAUCAGUACUUGUAUACUGAUUUAGCUCUUGAUACCUGAAACGCCUCAAAAAGAAUUUUUUUUGAUGAGAGAAAUUCUAAAGAAAGGCCAAUGUGUACUAAUGCACCAACAAUGCAAAUGUAGCUCAUGUGAUGAUAAAUUAUAGAUUUCUAUUUUGUAAAUAUAUUUUACAAGCUCAGGAUUAUGACCUCCUCCAUUGGGCUUCUGGUGGGCCUCCUUGUUAACAUACAGCACUUCAUUGUGAAGUCUUGAUGGAGAGUUUAUAUAUAUAUAUAUAAAAUAUGUUGGAACCGAAGUGUUACUUAUGAUGGUUUGGCAAGACUCUGACAGAGAUCUCUCUUUCCCAAACUGACAAUAAAAGACAUUUCUAAUGUA